AUGAUAAGAAGCAUUGUGGAAGCUCAGGAACUCAAUCCACCUGCAUCAGAGUUUAAUAAACACGCUGUAAUUCAGCCUGUCUUGCUGCACGGAAGAACUAAAAGAGAAAUAUCCACUACCAGAAAAACGGGAGGUGAACAUCAUUUAGAGGUGAUAUUAAAGGUUCCUAUUGACGAUGAGGAGUAUUUACUUGAUCUACAACUAAACCAGCAUCUGGUGACAGAGAAUCAUGUACUCAGUUAUCAGCAAAACGGCAAGACUGUGGUAUAUAAACCUAAGAAAGAUGCCAUGAACUUGUGCUACUACAGGGGGUCGGUGCGCGAGAAGCCGGGCUCGUGGGCAGCAGUGUCUACAUGUCGUGGCAUCCAGGGCAUAGUAUUCGACGGCGAGAGACUAAAAUACAUCGAACCAGUGCAAGGAGGUGAUGUCAAUGCUGAGCACUACUUGUACGAUCACGCCGAUCUGACUGAGUCGCAUCCGCAGAGGUACGAUUACGGGCUUAAUAACAACUCUCUGUUUAAGCAGAAAAGUUUAAGGGACAGAUUCAAAAGAUAUGCUCCAGAUCCAAGUUAUCACUUAGUCCGUGGUCCGUAUACAGCCAACGAGCGUUCUCUCUACGUGGAACUAGCGCUAGUAGCGGACAGUAGACUCUUUCAAGUUCACAACUUUGAUCUGCGUUCCGUCCACAGAGAGAUGACGCUUAUUGCUAAUCAUAUGAAUGCGGUAUUUUCUCCGUUAAACAUCUUUAUUGCUUUGGUCGGCGUGGAGGUUUGGAACGACUACGACGAAAUAUUGCUGCCCGAUGACUCGCUUACAGUUUUGAAUAAUUUUUUGGAGUACAGAAGAAACGUGAUGGUUAAAAAAAAUAUAUUGAAUGACUUCGCGUUUUUACUUACAGUCCAGAAAUUCGAAGGUACAGUGAUCGGUAAAGCAUAUGUGCAGAAAAUAUGUAGUCAUAAAUCUUCCGGUGGAGUUGGGAAUUAUCAUACAUCGGUCACUGGCCUCCUCGCUAUGACAGUAGCUCAUGAGUUGGGUCAUAGCUUCGGAAUGAGCCACGACGAGGAUAGUAAUUGUGAAUGUCAAAAAAAUAAAUGUGUCAUGAGUUCUACAUCUACGGAGAUUAUACCAACUGCUUGGUCGUCUUGCAGCCUGAGUUCUUUAGCACUAUCAUUUUCAAAAGGACUGGAUUAUUGUUUAAGAAACAAACCGAAGAGUAUAUUCGAUUCUUCGACAUGUGGCAACGGAUUCGUGGAGCCUGGCGAGCAGUGCGACUGUGGCGCGCCAGCUGUGGGGGACUCUCACAACUCUUGCAGAGCGUGCUGCGACCCUAGAACCUGCCUGCUCAGAGAGAAUGCUACCUGUAGCACUGGUAUGUGCUGCGAUCUUAAGACAUGUCGUCCAAUGGCGGUGGGUACUGUAUGCCGAUCUGCUAAGAGUGAGUGUGAUUUGCCGGAGUACUGCACGGGACAAUCCGAAUACUGUCCGGAUAAUGUGUAUAAAAUGGACACGAUACCUUGUGGUAGCGGUGAAGAGACCGCGUACUGCGUAAAAGGCGGUUGCCGCUCACACUCGGACCAGUGUCGUCUACUGUGGGGCUCAUCUGGCAAGUCCUGUCCCAAUGAUAUUUAUAACCACAAUAUGAAAGCUGGAUAUGGCGGCUGCGGCUUUGAUCGUUUAUCAAAUACUAACCAGCAGUGCGAGAAACAUGACGUCAUGUGCGGCAGGGUCCUUUGCACGCAUCUCUCGAAGUCUUCCAGAAGCACCGGUGAUCUCCAAAUCGGUUCAGAGAACAGUGUACAUUACGUUUCUUUAAAAUCUUCUGAAAGAAUUCUCACGUGUUUCGCGGCUUCCGUUGAUCUGGGAUUGAGCGUCGUAGAUUUCGGUAUGGUGCCAGACGGUGCAAAAUGCGGUGAUGGAAUGAUGUGUCUUCAGCAAGAAUGCGUGUCGGUGGAUACCGUGAGAGAAAGGAUUGCUCAUGUUGACUCGUCAGUAUGUCCCUCUGACUGUUCAAGCCAUGGUGUCUGUAACUCUUUGGGACACUGUCACUGCGAACCGGGCUUUGCCCCACCUUUGUGCGCGGAGCCAGGCGCCGGCGGGUCUUAUGACUCUGGACCCGCUUCUGAUGAAAGUAGUGACAGCUGUCAAAUUUCAAAGUUGUCACUCGCACGAAAAAAAAGAUUCUUCAAGUGCCCUCUUACUGAGACACCUUUAGUUCAGGAAUCAGUUCUGAGAAAAUUAAUGGUGGCUUUGUACGUGAUAUUCCUCGGCGUUGUGCCUGCGAUCGCGUUGAUCUUAAUCAUCAUAUUCUGUUACCGAAACAAAGGUUUUGAAUGGAAAUACAAAUUUAAAAUGAGCUUUAAAUCAAGAGAAAACAAGAAUUUUAAAAAUAAUCUUGGUGAAGAUGAUUCUCCAAUAUAUGCAAAUACUGAAAUCAUUUCCAGUUUCUCCCAUAACAGAAACGCCAAUACAGAUACCAACUGCAGUUCCUCUGCAAUCCGUCCAAUAUAUGCAAACAUUGAAGAAAUUUCAAAUCAAUCAAAUCGGAAAAGUCCACGCUAUACUUCUAAUGUUAAUGGCAGUCAGAAGAAAAUCCCACCCGUAAAAGAAUUAAAACCAACAACUAGAAGUGAUUACAAAAUGGUUAGUACCGAAAUUGGUCAAAUUAAUCUGCGGCCGCUGGCGAAACCUGGGCCCAGUUUGGACAACUUGCCAAUUAAAAAUCGACCAAUAGUCGUUCACAUUAAAGGCUUAAAUUCUACGACCAAUACAAUGGUGGGGAAAAUUCAGCAUCGUAGCUAUAAUGUAGGUAAUAGUGAUGAUGUAAAUAAGUAA